AUGUCUUUAACUCCAAGUAGAAAGCUAGACCAUUUAAAAUUUUGUUGUAAUAACGAAACUCAAAGCCAUCAAAGCACUCAUUUGGAAGAUAUAAUUCUUGAAAAAACAUGUUUUCCAAAACAAAGUUUGAGUUCAAUUCAAACCAAAAUUAACUUUUUUAAUAAAGAAUUAAGUAUCCCACUCAUUAUUGGUGCUAUGACUGGUGGAAGUAAUGACGUUAAAAUAGUUAAUAAAACAUUAGCCAUUGCAGCAAAUGAAACAAAUGUAGCUGUUGGAGUUGGAUCACAAAGGUUUGGACUAGAAAGUAAUGAUGAAGAAAUACUUGAAAGUUAUCGAGUUGUAAGAGAAUGUGCACCAAAUGCUUUUAUUAUUGGAAAUAUAGGAUCAGUUCAAUUAACAGAAUAUGGAGAAGUAUUAGAUGACUUAAUAGCUAUGAUUAAAGGUGAUGCCAUUGCGGUCCAUUUAAAUUGGGAACAAGAAUUAGUUCAAGCAGAAGGAGAUAGAGAUGGAAUUGAUGUCCUUCGUUUAAAAGAAAUUAUUUCAAAAUGGAAUGGUACUGUUAUUGGUAAACAAGUUGGUCAUGGAAUGAUGAAAAAAGAUGUAAUGAUUUGUCAGGAAUUAGGUAUGAAGGCAGUAGACAUUGCUGGAAUAGGUGGCACAUCUUUUGCUGGUGUUGAAUGUCUUCGUGCUCAAGAGAAAAAACAAUACCAACAAAAUAGACUUGGUAAAUUAUUAUGGGAUUUUGGUGUUCCUACUGCAAUGAGUAUUUGGGAAGCAUCUCAAUGUUCACUUCCUAUUAUUGCUAGUGGUGGUAUUCGUAAUGGUUUAGAAAUAGUUAAGUCAAUGACAUUAGGUGCAUCAUUAGCUUCAAUAACAAAGCCAUUUGUUUCCUUGUAUUCAGAAGGAAGUGAAGCAUGUAUCAACUAUAUUAAUUCAAUAAAAAAUGAAAUACAAUCAUCACUAUUUCUUUGUGGAUGUCCAAGUGUUAAUGAAGCACAUUCAAUUCCAAAAAUUAUUACUGGUGAAUUAUAUCAUUGGAUGAAACAACGCAAUAAAAUGAUUACAAACAAUAUUUAA